GUAGAAACGAGUUCCAGUCACUAGGCGGCCAUUUUCUUUGUUCAGUGUUGAUCUAUGGACGUUUGAAAAUCUUCAUUCAGGUUAUGUCUGACAUGCACAGGCCACUGAUACUGGCAGAAAUCAUCAAUGAGCUAGAGUCAGAUGAAUAUCAAGGAGACGCAGUCAGCAGCAUCUUCAUUGAGCCACCAGAUGCUGCUGGAUUAUCAGAUGAGGACUCUGCAAAUGAGGAUGAAGGCGGGCUUAUCGACAAUCUUAGCAGCAGACAGCUGGCAGCUAAUGCUGAGAUUGUAUUCACAAAUGAUGAGAGGUAUGGAUAUGAUGUGGACUCAUCUCACAUGACCUCCGAUCCAGCCAAGGAUGACUCAGCAUCAUCAUCUACUAGUAAACGAAAGAAAACACAUAGUAGAAGAGAACCGAAUUCUCUUCCAUCUCGGGUGUGGACUAAAAACUCUGUUUUCUCUGUUCCUUUCGAUCAAACUUUUCCGGAAAGUGAUUUUUCAAAAUACUCUGAUUUUUCUUCUGUAGAGAUUUUUGAACUUUUUUUUGAUGCAGAACUUUUUCAUAUUAUGUUAGAUGAAAUAAAAAAUAUGCUGCAUUCAAGAAUAUUGCAGACCAAAUAUCACCAUUGAUGAACUGAAGUGUUUUCUAGGGAUACUCACAAUUUCGGGUUACAACUCCUUACCAGGUGUGAGAUAUUAUUGGGAGUCAGCAGAGGAUACAAGGAACCAGCUUAUUUACAAUUCUAUGAGACAAAACCGAUUUAUUCAAAUAUUGAAUCUCCUCCAUUUUGCAGAUAACAAUAACAUCAACCCAUCUGACAAACUAUGGAAGCUGAGACCCUUCAUUGAAAAGCUGCCUAGAGUCUUUAGAGACAAUUUUGUUCCUGUGCAACAACUAGCUUAUGAUGAAUCUAUGAUAGCAUAUUUUGGCCGGCAUUCCUGCAAACAAUUUAUUAGAGGAAAACCGAUACGGUUUGGAUACAAAGUGUGCUGCUUGAAUACUUUUAAUGGCUAUCUAGUGGUCGUUGAAGUUUAUCAAGACAAGUCUGUUCAUUCAUAUGAUAAGGACUUUGGAAAAGCUGCUGCGCCGAUGGUGAGGAUGCUAAAUGAGUUGGGUCCUAAAAAAGACCUUCCUUACCAUUUAUACUUCGAUAAUUUAUUUACUGAUGUUGACCUAUUGGUUCAUUUGAGAGAAAAUCAUUAUCAAGGAACUGGUACAAUUCGAAUGAACCGUGUACCCAAAGAUUGCAGCAUAAUUUCCAUGAAAGACAUCAAGUCAAAGGAGAGAGGAUUUGUUAGUAAUGAUAAUAUACUCAUUGCUCGCUGGCAGGAUAAUGCACCAGUAACUGUUGCAUCUACUAUACAUGGAAUCAAUCCUAUUGUCAAUGUGAACAGGUAUUCAAAAAGAGAAAAGAAAACCGUUUUAGUCAAGCGCCCAUAUCUAAUAAGUGAGUAUAAUAAGUUUAUGGGUGGCACUGAUCUGAUGGAUGAAAAUAUCAAUUGCUACAGGGUCAGUGUCCGCAGUAAGAAAUGGUGGUGGUCAAUAUUUUCCUGGUGUUUUGAUGUAUGCUAUCAGAAUGCUUGGCAUCUCUAUAAUAUGUCCCAUCUGCAAAAAAUGUCUCAGCUGGAAUUCAAAAGAAAUGUGGCAGUGUUUUAUUUGAAAACACUUGGAAUUCAACCUCAAGUUGGUGGAAGAAGAAGCAUGCGUCCACAAGCAGCACCUGCAUUCGAGGAUCUUUGGUAUGAUAGACUGGAUCAUUUCAUCAUCCAGAAUGAGGGUAAUAAAAGAAGAAGAUGUGCGGGACCCAAUUGCACUGGAAGUGUUCGUACUGGAUGUCAGAAGUGCAAUGUAGGACUUUGCAUUCCAUGUUUUAUGGAAUAUCACACAAAAAAAUGACAUUUCUUCUACAGUAUUCAUAUAAAAAAAAUGAAUUUUUCACAUAUUUAUACAUAUCAAUAAACAUAUAAUAUCAUUUACAAACAUAUUUUGAUGUACAUUGAUAGAAAUAAAGAGCAUAAUUAACUAUUA